CACACACUAGACGGUUUGCUCAGUAUUCGCCUUGUUGUGGCGCAUUAACCCACAAAAGGUUCAUUCCUAAGCUCAUACCGGCUGCGUCAAGCUUCAAUAGCAGCCACAGCAAAAACCCCAUUAAACCUCUGGCCAUGGCUUCCGCUUCUUCCAUCUCCAUAAGUUCCGUCGUCAACAAUCUAACAACUUCUGAUACCGCCGGACACUGUAAAGGGGUCUCUUCCAAGAACAAUUUGGUGAGUUUUCGAUUCCAGAAUCCGCCAUUUUCGAGGUGUAAUCAGUUGUUGGUUUGGAAGAGGAAGUGCUCAAUGGAUAGAGAGACGGAUGUGAGCACGUCGGCUGUCAUUGAUGGUGUUGAAUUGGAGGAAGAAGAGCCAAGCAUUUCAACUAUGAUAAUGAAUUUUGAAACCAAGUUUGAUCCUUAUCAUGCUGUUAGCACGCCGCUUUACCAAACGGCCACCUUCAAGCAACCUUCAGCAAUAGAAAAUGGCCCAUAUGAUUAUACCAGAAGUGGAAAUCCUACACGAGAUGCCUUGGAAAGCCUUUUAGCGAAGCUUGAAAAAGCAGACCGAGCAUUUUGCUUCACCAGUGGGAUGGCUGCUUUAGCUGCAGUUGCUCAGCUUGUUAGAACUGGUGAGGAAAUUGUCGCUGGAGAUGACCUUUAUGGUGGCUCCGAUCGGUUGCUUUCGCAAGUGAUUCCCAAGCGAGGAAUUGUGAUCAAACGUGUGAACACAAAUGACUUAGAUGAGGUCUCAUCUGCUAUUGGCCCUCUGACGAAGCUUGUGUGGCUGGAGAGUCCAACCAACCCCAGAUUACAAAUAACCGAUAUUCGUAAAAUUGUAACAAUGGCGCAUAAACAUGGUGCUCUAGUAUUGGUAGAUAACAGCAUAAUGUCCCCUGUGUUGUCACAACCACUGGACCUUGGAGCAGACAUUGUUAUGCACUCAGCUACCAAAUUCAUUGCUGGACACAGUGAUGUCAUGGCGGGUGUGCUUGCUGUUAGGGGAGAAAGCUUGGGAAAAGAGUUGUAUUUCCUCCAAAAUGCAGAAGGAUCUGGACUAGCUCCAUUUGACUGUUGGGUUUGUUUAAGAGGAAUCAAGACACUGGCCUUGAGAGUUGAAAAACAGCAGGCAAAUGCACAGAAGAUUGCUGAAUUUCUCUAUUCACAUCCACGGGUGAGGAAAGUGUACUAUGCAGAUCUUCCUACUCAUCCUGGCCGUUCCUUGCAUUAUUCUCAGGCCAAAGGAGCGGGGUCCGUAUUGAGCUUUCUGACUGGAUCACUGGCACUCUCCAAGCAUAUUGUUGAAACAACCAAGUAUUUCAGCAUUACUGUCAGUUUUGGUAGUGUGAAGUCCCUUAUAAGUAUGCCUUGCUUUAUGUCUCAUGCAAGCAUACCCGCUGCGGUGCGAGAAGCUAGAGGUCUAACUGAAGAUCUGAUUCGCAUUUCGGUCGGUAUCGAGGAUGUGAAUGAUCUUAUAACUGAUUUAGACAAUGCGCUUAGAACUGGACCAGAGUAGGAGUUAGCACGUCCGAACUCAAGCAAUCUGGAGCCUGAUGAUGAUAUAGGUGAAAGCUUCUACAGCAAAACUCUUGAGUCUCGGCCUCGGCCUCGGCCUCACAUUCUUGUAUCAGGGAUCAAGCAUAUUUAUGUACCAAGAUCAGUUUUGAAUUUGGGUUGUGAAGUGAGAAUGGCAUCUGCGAACAUUGCAUUUUGUAUUGGAACUUUUUGCAUUUGGGCUGAUGGUACAAAAUAUCAAUAUCAACUACCAAUCUUCUGGUGGAUUUUGAAGUUUGAAAA